CUCCGACAUGUAUUGAAUCACCCUCCAACCCCCGCAUCAGCUUAUGAGCUUCUGCAACUGAACCAUGUCCACAUCACCGACAUGUGAGAUUGACGUACCGCGGCGUCUGCGUCGCGCUAUCCACCUCAACGACCUUGACCUGGUGAAGCGCAUAGUGCGCAACAACCCGGCCUACCUACGAAACCCCGACUUCGAAGACCAUAGCAAUACCUCGUUGCAUCUAGCAGCAAAAAAUGGCUUCACUCAAAUCGCUGAGUUUCUCAUAGAUGCUGGACACGAGGAGGGGAUAAUCAGUGUCAACAGCGAUUGGGAGACUCCGCUUAUGCUGGCAGCCAACGCUGGGAAGGAAGAUGUGGGUAUGCUACUUGCAAAGCGCUUUCCAGACUCGAUAACCCUCCAGAACAAUGAGGGACAUGACGCUCUAAUGCUUGCUUGCCGCUCCGGUUCUAGCAAACUCCAUCUGAUACCAACGCUACUCCUGCACGCACCCUCGAUUCUAAAUACGUUGGACCAUAAAGGCAACAACGCUUUACACCAUGCCUCGGCAGCGGGUGAACUCAAAUCCCUGCGCAUGCUGCUGCAGUAUGGAGCCAACCCUCUCGCGCAAAACAAAUAUUCAUGGACACCUGUACAUUACUCCGCGACACCUGCAGCAGAAGCUUACUUCAAAACGCUGAUCAUCGAGUUCGAGAAGAAGAAGGCUGAGGGGAAGCGGGUGGAAAGAGAAAGGGAACGUCAACGCAAUGCUGGUGUGAGAAUUGUCACAGACCAGGAUGGACUUGCUGGCCAAGGAAAUACUGCUGGAGCUGGGGCUGCGGGACAGAGACAAGCAGUUCGAGAUGAUGCUGCUAUUGCUGGGCUACCAGCACCUGGUAUGGAUUGGAGUAGCCCUGUGGAACAAAGACGUGCCAUGACACCUACAGAGAGGGGUGCUGGUUGGACGCCAUUUGGGCCUGCAGAUGGAGCAAGGCGCAGAGCGGAGACUGGGGGUUCUGUUUGA